GGAAUUUCUUUGUAAAGUUACAUGUUCGGCAAAUAUAUAUAUAUAUAUAUAUAUAUGUAUAUAUAUAUGUAUAUCGUAUUAUUCAAGAUGCACAAGCGUCGUAGGACAUCUUCAGUUGCGAGUCGAGGUACAGAAGAUGAUGGUGAUGAUAUACCACCUGAACCAACAAAGCGGAGGAAAAAAUUAGAUCCUAGUGACCUGUGCCAACAAUUGUAUGAUGUAUUGCGUAAUCAGAAAAAGGAAGAUGGAACAUUAUUAUGUGAUGCAUUUAUACGUGUGCCUAAACGCAGACAAGAGCCAGGUUAUUAUGAAGUUGUAACAAAUCCUAUAGAUCUAUUAAAAGUUCAACAAAAACUAAAAACUGAUGAAUAUAGAGAUAUGGAUGACUUAGCAGCUGAUAUUCAACUUAUGGUUAAUAAUGCCAAAGCUUUUUAUAUGCGUACAUCUCCUGAAUACAAAGAUGCCACAGAACUUUGGGAAUUAUGUGUAAAUACAAAAAAUCGUAUUACGGAAGAAUACGAAGAUCCAGAACCUAAAGGAAAAAUUAUAUUAAAAGUAGCAAGAUUGGCUCGGAAAGCUGUAACAAAACAGGAUGAUGCAGAAGAUACAUCUGAAAGUUCCACAAAUCCUGAUGAAGAAACAAUGCAGCUGUUUGAAGAUUUAUUUGCAGCAGUUAUUACAGCAACAGAUCCAGCUGAUAACAAUAGGCCAUUACAUACAAUGUUUCAACUUAAACCAUCCAAAAAAUUAUAUCCUGAGUAUUAUGAUGUAAUUGAAACACCAGUAGACUUGAAAACAGUUGCAAGGAAAAUUCAAGAGGGAGCUUAUAGCAGUAUUGCAGACAUAGAAAAAGAUUUAAUGCUAAUGUGUCGUAAUGCUUGUCAGUUUAAUGAACCUGGUUCUCAAAUUUACAAAGAUGCUAAACUGUUAAAAAAGAUUAUUACUGCGGCUGCAAGGAAACAGGAUACUGGAUUGAGUAGCAAUCUUCCAAAAAUUACAUCAACUGCUCCAUCGACACGAAGUAAAAGAGGAAGUCGCACUAUGGCACAAUCCUUAAUAGCUCAAACUGCAGCAUUGCCAGAUGAAGAUGAAGAGAGUGAUGAUGAAGAAGAAGAGCCUGCAGAAACCGAGGAAGCUGAUAAUCCGCAAUGGCAACUGUUUCAAACUAUCCGAACAGCACCCAACAAUCAAGGAGUUAGAAUGAGUGAAUACUUUUGGAAACUCCCAUCGAAAAGAUUGUACCCUGAUUACUACAAAAUGAUUAAAAAUCCUAUUUCUCUAUUGCAAAUUCGCACAAAGAUAAAGAAAGGUGAAUAUGGUACAGUUAGUGAAGUAGCUGGUGAUAUGAAUAUUAUGUUUGAAAACGCAAAAAAAUAUAAUAUUCACACAUCUAGAUUGUAUAAGUGUGCUGUAAAAUUGCAAAAAAUAAUGCAAGAGAAAGUGCAAGAACUCUUAGAAUUUGAUCAGGACUCAGACUCAGAUAGUGAAUUUGAAAAUAGCACUCAUCAACCAAAACUCAUUAAACGUGCUUCAAAUCUGUUAACCCGUGGAAAAUAUAAAGACAAUAUACCAUUGAAGAAAAGAUUGUAUGCAUUAGUUAAAUGUGUGAUAGAAUACGUCUGUGAAGACGGCCGACAACCAAUGUUAAUGUUUAUGGAAAAACCUUCAAAAAAAUUAUAUCCUGAUUAUUAUCAAGUAAUAGCAGAACCCAUUGAUAUGUUAGCCAUUGAAGCCAAUAUUAAAGCAGAGAAAUAUCAAAGCGAAAACGAAUUAAUACAAGAUUUUAAGUUAAUGUUUAAUAAUUGCCGUCAGUACAAUGAAGAAGGUUCUUUAAUAUAUGAAGAUGCAAAUACUUUGGAAAAAGUCCUGAUGGAUAAAGUAAGAGAAUUAGGUCCUUUACCAGAGAUACCUAAACCUACGAAGUCAAGUGCAUCUACACCAACUAGAAAUGUCGGGAGACCCAAAAAGGUUGUACCACUACACUUACAAAAAUUAAGAACUAUGUAUGACACUAUAAAAGAUUAUCAUGAUGCUAAAGGAAGGCAGCUAUCUUUAAUUUUUAUGAAAUUACCAAAUAAAAAUGAAUACCCAGAUUACUACGAAGUCAUCAAACAACCAAUGAAUAUGGAAAAAAUAGCUUCUACGUUAAAAAAUAAUGGUUACGAAAAUUUAGAUGAACUCGUGUCGGAUUUUAUAUUAAUGUUUGAUAAUGCUUGCAAGUAUAAUGAACCCGAUUCACAAAUAUACAAGGAUGCAUUAAUUUUACAAAGAUUAGUUUUGCAAACUAAAUUACAAUUAAGUGAAGAUGAAGAAAGUGUACCAGAUGUAUCAGCUGCGGUUCAAGAAAUAUUGGCAACCAUUUUCACUGCUCUUUAUAACCACCAAGAUGAGGAAGGAAGGUGUUAUUCAGAUUCUAUGGCAGAACUUCCUGAACAUGACAUUGUUGAUGGAAAAAAAAUACGAGGAUUAUCAUUGGAUCUAAUUAAAAGAAGAUUAGACCGUGGAGUUUACAAACGAUUGGAUCGGUUUCAAGAAGAUGUGUUUACAUGUUUAGAAAGAGCUAGAAGGCUGUCACGUACAGACUCACAGCCUUUCGAAGACAGUGUUGAGUUGCAAGCAUUUUUCUUGCGCACUCGUGAUGAUGUGACUCGUGGUGGAGAUUUAUUACAUUCACCAGCACUUAACUAUACUUUGCUUGAUCUCUCUGCUCAAGUUGCAGAAUUAAAACGUGUGAAACAACAACAGGAGCUAGCAUUGCCUAAUGAAGAAGAAAGUUGCGAUGGAAAUGAGACAAAAGAUUCAGAAACAAAUGCUAAUACAGAAGGAAGUAAUAGUGAUAAUGGUGGUUCAAUGAGUUUUAAUCAAGAAAUAUAUAGGGCUGGUGAUUUCACAUACAUAGAACCUACUGAGCGAGGCAUGGAGUACAGUGUAGUUCUUAUAGAACGUUUAUGGACAAAUGCGGAAGGACAGCAAAUGUUAUAUGGCAAUUUAUUUUAUAGACCAAGCGAAACUUACCAUGUAGCUUCUAGGAAAUUUCUUGACAAAGAAUUAUUCAAAAGUGACGCUCAUGUAGCUAUACCAUUAGCAAAAGUGGCUGGCAGGUGUUGUGUUCUAAGUGUUAAAGAUUAUUUUAGAAUGCAACCAGAAGGUUUCUUAGAAAAAGAUGUUUACGUAUGUGAAUCGCGAUAUUCUACGAAAGCACGAGCUUUUAAAAAAAUCAAAGUCUGGAAUUUUGAUCCAGAUCAUUUGAAACUAGUUCCAAGAGAAAAACCACUAGAACCAAAGCGAGUAAUAUCAGUGUAUAAAGAAAGACUAGAAAAACAUAAAGAAGAAAUAGCAGAGUUAGAAGAAGGAGAAAAACUGACUGAAAAGGAACGACCUAAUGUGAUACUAUAUAAUCCGGAGGAUACAGAAAAUACUUACUACGAACAAUAUAAUACAUGUGCGGGUUCUGUAAAAACUGGAGAUUUCGUUUAUGUAGCAACAGAUGGGGGUAGACAACAAAUUGCACAAAUUGAUGCUAUAUGGUCGACCAAAGAUGGAAAGUGUUACUUUAAAGGCCCAUGGUUAUUAAUGCCUGCAGAAGUGCCACAUACACCCACAAAAUUGUUUUAUAAACAAGAACUUUUCUUAUCUACUGUUGAUGGUACUCAUCCUAUUGUAGCUAUUGUUGGGAAAUCUGCGGUAAUUGACUAUGGAGAGUACAUUUGUAGUCGACCUACAGAAAUUCCAGAGGACGAUGUAUAUAUUUGCGAAUCAUUAUACGAUGAAAGUAAAAGCCUUAUGAAAAAGCUGGGACAAGAAUGCAAUAAUAUGAUAACAAUAAGUAACCUAUUAUAUUUAAUAUGCAACUAACUGAAUAUCAUUGCUUUGCAUGUGCCGUGUGUGUUGUAGGUUCCGGGCGAUGUGGCUCAGACGCAAAACCAAGUCAAAUCUGUUACUCCUAGUUCGACUCAAUUUGAAAUGGAAGCAUCACCAUUGUUACCGAAGCUGGAACCCGAUGUACUAGGCAUGGGAGUAGGAUUAGGAGUGGGAGUAGGAGUAGGAGUUGGGGAGGACAGCAUGGACGCUGGUGGUCCACCGUCCGUUGGAUCUGCAGAAGCUCAACCGGUGCUCUCCAAUACUCAAACACCUGUGUCGACUAAGAAGAAAACAGCGGGUAAGAAAUUAGUUACGGGCUAUAUUUUGUAUUCGAGUAAAAUGCGAACGCAGAUUACGCAAAACAAUCCCGAAUCAUCCUUUGGGGAGAUUAGCAGAAUUGUUGGCAACGAGUGGAGGAAAUUGCCAGCUGGAGAAAAACAAGCAUGGGAAGAAAGAGCAAUCAAAAUGAAUGAAGAUGGAGGGCAACUUAAAGGAACAUCUGUUUCAGUGGGUACUAAUUCUUUACAAGAUGUAGUAUAUGAAUGUUGCUGGGACAAUUGUGACUGGCAAUUUGAAGAUAUGACUGAUUGUAUUGAUCAUUGUAUUGCUGAACAAAAUGGACAUGUACAAUCAUCUUUUAUUAAUGCUGCUAGUGACGUAGAAUUUCAAUGUCAGUGGCGUGGUUGUGGCCGUACAAAAAAAUCGGUACCUCCAUUCCCAAGUGUACAAAGACUUGCAAGACACGUUAAGGAAGUACAUAUUCUUAAGUCGAAUGGGCGUAUAAUACCCCCUUCAGAAAGAAGCAAAAAUUAUAUGCCAUCAAAAGGCCCAACAAUAUUACCACCAAUGGAAACAGAAACAUCGGCAGCUGCGACACAAACAAGCAAUAUCCCUGCCGCUAAACAACCAGAACCAAUGUUUGUUGCUGUUCCUCCACGACCAAGCCGUGUAUUACAUUCAGAUGCCUACUUACGGUACAUCGAAGCAUUAAACGUAGAAAACCGGUACAUAUCAAAUUGGGAUAAACAGAUGAAUGCUAAUUCUGAUAAUACACAAAUUCCUGAUGUAACGAAAUUGCCUGCUGAAUGGCUAGGUAACGGUGUAGGCAACCAUGGGAAUGUAGUAAAUGCAUUAUGGACACUAAGGAACAUGAUGAUGCGAGAUGUGUUAGCCAUCAAUAAAACUUUAUAG